GCCUUUUCUGGUGGUUGUGUAAUCUGUACAAGGAUGUGAUUGCGAUUACUUAGUGCCAGCUUGCGCUUUUUCCGUGCUGUGUUAGCUCGUAAUUUAUUCCUUCUCGUCACAGCCAACAUCUAUCAUGCGUUUGUUCUCGCGUUUUUUUCUUUGCGGUCUGCCCUCCGUGCUGACAAGCUUCUCUAUCAGCGUAGAAGCCAUCCGCAAAAUCGCUCAAAGAAGAUCGAGCCCCGUAAUAUUCCGGACGUCGUUGCAGCGCACCGCCGCAUUGCCGAUCUGGAAGCUGCGCCCCACGACCGCGCUCUGGAAGAACGAUAAUCACAAGACCUCCAUGCCAGCAACUUCGAAAGCAGCUUUGCGCGCGUCGACCUCUGGCUCCUCUUCGUCGUCCUCUUCCGGUGACAAUUACGACGGAACAAGUGCCAAGCCUACUUUCGCCCUCGGUCCCUACGGCCAACAGGCGAAGCCCGCCAGCACGGUGGUGGGGGUCGCCGUGCGCAACAAGGACGGAGCGACGAGCAGCACAGGGAGGGAACCACAGGGCGGGAUUACCGCCGAGGUGACCGGGAAAACGCGGGUCUUUCACAAGAAAGUGCGCGGAAAUUACUAUGGCGAGGACGGUGAGGAAGCGGGGAGCGCCGGUGGAGAGAAUGGAAUUAGUGCCUGGAAAAGAGCGUCGUUUUCCACCUCUGCUGCCGAAGAAACGGACGCACAAGGGAAUGGUAAAAGCAGCACCGACGGCCAGUUUUUGCAGAAGUUUGGCUACAUGGUCUCUACCGUCGAUCCCAUGGAGCAGUUAUCCCAAUGAGGAAAUUUUUGUCCGCCUAGUGGUGCUUCACGCUAUUUGCAACAACUGGAGUUUUCCCAUGGCGAUGGAAUAGUCGAAAGAGUCAUGCUGCGCAUAAAGUUGUCGUGAAAGUAUCAAGUAAGUUGCUACUGCUGUACCUGUUCAUGUGCUAACCAUGACAGCACAUGACCCUAUUUGCCAUGCCGAGUUGCGUUAUGAGUCACCUGCUGGUCGUGCGAUCGACAUCUUCGGGGACAUUGAUUUCAAAUGGGAUAGCAGUUUGAUCACGUAAUGGGGAUGGAGGAAUCGGAAGAGUGAAAGCGGAUUCGGAAACUGUUCGUACACGAUGACGAUGCGAUAUUUUGCAAGAAGAACGCGGACCGGUUUACUAUAAAUAUCGAUCAACCACUAGCUUUUGGUUUGAUAAUGGUCGGUGCGAAGAUGAAAAUGAUAUCAACAUCUUCAAGUGGAAGUGCUACACCUGCAAAAACUCUUGAAGUAUUUUUUUGCUCGUCUACGUUGUCGAGUACAACUAGACUACAAAUAGCAACGCACGACGAAGACUACUUCUUUCGGGAAUACAGGACUUUUUGAAAAUUUCAGCCAGUAUGAUGGGCUUCGGCUUUUAAUACUUCUUCGUCCGAUCGCGGAAAAAAUCGACUUUCAUAUGGAACAACUUCUUUUUGGGUCUCGUAGUAUGUUAUGUCGAAGAUAAAUUAU